AUGAAGGCGGCGCAAAUUAAAGCUGAGCAGCUGAGCUCCAACACUGUCGAGGCCACGCAAGAGUCAAGACUUACAAGCGACUUUGGCACCAAGCAGUCCAAUACUGACGACUGGCUUCGGGUCGCCAACGACGACAAGACCGGUCCGUCGCUGUUGGAGGAUGCUUUCGGAAGAGAAAAGAUUCACAGAUUCGACCAUGAGCGCAUCCCUGAACGCGUCGUCCACGCCCGCGGCGCCGGCGCCUUUGGCACCUUCCGCCUCUUCGAGUCGGCCGAAGACGUCACCCACGCCGGCGUCUUGACCGACACGUCGAGGGAGACGCCGCUGUUUGUCCGCUUCUCGACCGUGCUCGGCAGCAGGGGCUCGGCCGACACGGUGCGCGACGUGCGCGGCUUUGCCGUCAAGAUGUACACGGACGAGGGCAACUGGGACCUCGUCGGCAACAACAUGCCCGUCUUCUUCAUCCAGGACGCCCUCAAGUUCCCGGACCUCAUCCACGCCGGCAAGCCCGAGCCCGACGGCGAGAUCCCCUCGGCCCAGUCCGCCCACAACAACUUUUGGGACUUCAUGUUCCUGCACUCGGAAGCCACGCACAUGUUCAUGUGGGCCAUGUCGGACCGCGGCAUCCCGCGCUCGUACCGCAUGAUGCAGGGCUUCGGCGUCAACACCUUUACGCUCGUCAACGCCAGCGGCAAGCGCCACUUUGUCAAGUUCCACUGGACGCCCGCGCUCGGCGUCCACUCGCUCGUCUGGGACGAGGCCCUCAAGAUCUGCGGCCAGGACCCCGACUUUCACCGCAAGGACCUGAUGGAGGCCAUUGCCAGCGGCGCGUUCCCCAAGUGGCGCUUUGGCAUCCAGACCAUUGCCGAGGGCGACGAGGACCGCUUCGAGUUUGACGUGCUCGACGCCACCAAGGUCUGGCCGCAGGACCUCGUGCCGAUCCGGUACAUUGGCGAGAUGGAGCUCAACCGCAACGUCGACGAGUACUUUACCGAGACGGAGCAGGUCGCCUUUUGCACCAGCCACGUCGUCCCGGGCAUCGGCUUCUCCGACGACCCGCUCCUGCAGGGCCGCAACUUUUCCUACCAGGACACCCAGCUCACCCGCCUCGGCGUCAACUGGCAGGAGCUGCCCAUCAACAAGCCCGUCUGCCCCAUGAUGAACUUUAACCGCGACGGCGCCAUGCGCCACCGCAUCUCCAAGGGCAAGUUCAACUACUGGCCCAACCGCGGCGGGGUGCAGCCGCCCGCCGCGGCCGACUCCGAGGGCGGCUACCGCGAUUUCCCGCAAAACGUGGCCGGCGUCAAAGUGCGCGGCAAGAGCGCGAAAUUCAAAGAGCACAUCUCCCAGGCCCAGCUGUUUUACAACUCGCUGGCCGAGAUUGAGAGGAAGCACCUGCAGGCGGCCCUCGCGUUUGAGCUCGACCACUGUGAUGACCCCGUCGUGUACACCCGCGUGACGAGGCGCCUCGCGGAGAUUGACCCGGCGCUCGGGCAGACGGUCGCGCACAUGGUCGGCGGGGCGGCGCCGCCGGCGCCGGAGCGCAAGAACCACGGCAACAAGGCGUCUGGGCUGAGCCAGCUCGAGUACGUGCCCGCAAAGGUGACGAUUGAGUCGCGCAAAGUGGCCAUCCUCAUCGCCGACGGCUACGACGGCGCCGCCUUUGCCGCGAUGCUCGGGGCGCUCAAGGCUGCCAAGGCCGUGCCCGUCAUCAUCGGCCCGCGGCGCGCGGCCAUCUUCGCGGCCGGCGAGGACCACAGCUCGAGCGCGGGCGUCGUGCCGGACCACCAUUUGGAGGGCCAGCGCAGCACGCUCUUUGACGCGCUGUUCGUGCCCGGCGGGGCCAACGCCAUCACGCAGCUGGCGAGCACGGGGCGCGCGGUGCAGUACGUGCGCGAGGCGUUUGGGCACCUCAAGACGGUGGCGGCCACGGGCGAGGGCGUCCGCCUGCUGCACAAGGCGAUCCAGCUCGACCAGGUCACGCUGUCGGCCGGCGCAGAGGCCGUGUCGAGCUACGGCGUCGUCUCGCUGGAGAGGCCCGGGCCGGACGGGCUCGGCGAGGUGCUCCAGGCGGCCAAGAAUGCGACGCGGUUCUUGGACCAGUUUGUGUAUGCCGUCAGCCAGCACCGAUGCUGGGAGCGGGAGCUGGAUGGGCUGGUUGAUCUUGUUGCGUAUUAA